UUCAGUAAAAUCACGGUACUUAAAAAAUAAGGUAUGCAGUUGACCCAAAUAUCAAUCGAUAAAGAAACACGAAAGACGUGUGAAUAGUCGAUACUUAUGGUACCCAUUUGGUAAAAGAAGAAGUGAUUUUAAAAUAUAUUAUCGACGGAGCCUAAAUACUGCAUAAUAUGAUGGUUACUUUCUUGGUGUGUUGUUUUAUAGUAUCAAUACUCUGUGAUAGAAGCUUGCAUUCUGACAGGAUAAGAGUAAAACGUUCCAGUGAUGCAUUAUGCACUAAAAGACCUGAGGGAUGUUUUUGUCAGGGCCAGGAUAAUGGUUGUAAAUCUUGUAAUGGCGGUGGAUGUUGUAUGUGUGACGAGUACUGUUUGACGGCAAACGACUGUUGUUCAGAUUUUAGAACGUAUUGUAUUAAGAGUUGUACCGAAAUCAAUUGUCAGAACGGUGGAUUAUGUCAGGAGCAUAACAACAGAUUUUCAAAUUGUGACUGUUUACAAAAGUAUUCUGGAACGUUUUGCGAGAUUGAUUUAUGUCAGCCUUUCCCGAGUGACGUAGUUUUUGUAUUGGACAAUUCAUAUAGCAUUCAUAACCAAUAUUUUGACGAAGGGAAACAAUAUAUUUCAUCAUUAUCUCCAAAUAUGACAAUAGAUAGUAAUGUGUUUGAAAUUGCAGUUAUAUCAUUUUCUGAUCAUGCGAUCGUCGAGCAUGAUUUUGGUUCUAUUUCAAGCCAUGCAGAUUUUGCACAAAAAAUAUCCGGUAUUGAAUUAAAAAAUAGAACUUCGGAGAUAGUCCAAGGUUUAAACAAAGCCAGGGACAUUUUAUUUAAAAGGUUACAUCUUCAGAGAAAGAAGUUCGUCGUUAUUUUAACAGAUGGAUUGAUAUCGACGCCAAGUCAGCUAACUAUAAGCUAUUCGAGUGCCAUCCCUGUAUAUGCUCUCGCAAUUGGAGAAGAUGUCUCUCAUUUCUAUUUAGAAAAGAUGACCUCGAGCAUGGGAAGAGUCUUCACUACAAACUCAGACAGGUUAUGGAGUCAUAUAUUGGCGGAAACAUUUAAUGGCAUUUGUAAUUAUUGUUCAAAGUCAUCAGAAACAGACGUCAUCUUAGCAGUGGAUAUUUCUGUUAGUAUGCAUGGACACGACCUCCUGACAACUGUUCCCGAUAUUAUGAACAAGAUACUUGUUAAGAUGGGUGACGUGUCAAACGACGCUCAGCUUUCACUCAUAACAUUUGAUCAGACAGUGAACACAGAAUUCGAUUUUAUGAAGGUAUCGCCAGAAAAUAAAAGUUUGUUGCAACGUAGGCUUUCAAGUUUUACUCAAAGUAACUAUAACGUUGCUGCUAACAUUUCCAAUUUACUAACAACAGUUCAAAGGGUAUUUAAUCAAAAUACAAAUGGAGCCAGACAUGAUGCUAAGAAAGUACUUCUGAUAAUCUCACGAUUUAGUGCUGAUGUUGAUGAUAAAAUUUCUAUUGUUUCAAAUGAUCUAAAAACAAAAGGUAUUGAGAUAUUCACAAUUGGAUUAGACAAUAACGACAAACCGUUCAGAACAAUGCUGUCUGUUGCACCUAAUGCAUUACAUAUUGGGACUGUUGGUGAACUCAACGUAGACAGUGUUAACACUUUCAUUGACUUCUUUGGUUACCAACUUAUGGAUUUGAAAUGCAUUUUCUAAAAACAAAAUAUUUAUUUUGAUAUAGUUCUUUUUCAGGCCUAGACUGCCUUGUAUUUUAAUUUAUAAUAUUCAUUUUUUUCUGCAUAAUUCGGAUGAAGUUAAGCUAUUCAUCAAGUGUGGGUUAAUUGGGCCUUUCAGUUAUGCGAUUGACUGAUACAACCAAUAAUAACAUUAAUUCAUCUGACCAAAAGCCAUUUUUGCUUUUCGAUUUACGUUUCACGGGUCCGUCGUCUGUAGAGAAAAGUGAAAUAUAGAUAAUAUAUUCAACUCUUAACUUCCCAUUUUAAUAAUAAUAAAAAAAUGUUAUAGAAAACUCAUCAACAUACCAGGUUUACACUGAGAUUCACGAAUGGACAGGGAGUUAAAACAAUUAAAAGAUAUCAGGUUGGAUAAGAAGUUGAAGACCAUCAGAAACCGAAAAUUUCAAAAAGUUGUGCUAAAUACGGCUACGAUGAUACAUGCCCGCGGUUAGAAAACCUCACUGUUUCGACUAAUUCAACAUUUUAUAAACUGUAUUUUUUUUUCUUGGCAAUGAAAAAUUGCUUAACUAUAUACUUGGCUAGUGAUGAAAUCAUACCACCAUGCAUCUACCUCUUAUAGAUAGAUCAUUGAUGCGAUAUUUCAGAGCAUGUUUUUAUGAUGCUCUUUUGAGGCAAAGUGUAUCUCCUUUAUAACUUACUCACUUACUACUAGGCCGAUGGCUCAAAAACAAAAAAUACAAAACCUAGAAAAAUAUACCCAAAUAGUUGUCAAAAUUUUGAGCGACGUUUAUCCGAUAGAAAUUGAAACAGCAGUGAAUAUAUUCAUAUGCCGUAUUGGUUGUAUGCAAUCUUAAAUAUAAUAUGUUGAAAAAAAUCUUCAUCCAAUAACUGUUUCCAAAUCAAAUUUUGAGUUGCCCAUCAAAAUUUGUUUUUACUCCAUAAUUUCGUCAAGUAUAUUGCAAUUAUAUAUGUGUACAAUGUCUUAAAUGUCAAUACAAUCUGUGUGUUUUUAUCUUAUUCGUUUUAAAAUGUUUAAAUAAUUUAUUGUUUCUAUACUAGUAUUACACUAUAAUAGUUUCUUAAUUUGGAUCUUAUUUAAAACUAGUACUUUUUCUGGAUUUUCAUUGGUGCGUGCAUACCAGGAAGUUCUUGUAUUGUUCUCAUCGGGGUCUCAAUUCUUAUCAGGCGCGUAGCUCGGGCGUACACUUGAAUUUUGGUAAAAAAUAUUUUAUCUCAAUAAAUUAAAAAGAACUGGUUAAAAUCAUAUAAGCCUUGUAAAUCUUUCUUCAAUGGCUUGUAUAAUUGCAAAUAAA